UUCCUCAUAUAUCUAUUCCUCUUGUCUACUCAUACACAUGGGUCGACUUCAAGAAGAGGGAAGCGGUCCGGUUCAUGGUUUCCGGUUAUCAACCGUGAGUGCAUCCCGACCAACAGAGACCGAUACGACCCAAGAACUCACCGGUUUAGACCUUGCGUUGAAACUCCACUACUUAAAGGCGGUCUACAUUUACUCGGCCGAGACGGCACGUGACUUGACCGUGACGCACGUGAAAGGUCCUUUGUUCACAGUGUUCGACCAGAUCCCAUGGAUCACUGGCAGGUUCAGGCGGCACGACUCGGGACGUCCUUUCAUAAAGUGCAACGAUUGUGGCACGCGUUUUGUUGAAAGUCAUUGCGAUCUCACCGUGGAGGAGUGGCUUCGUGUACCCAACCGGUCCGUUGAUGAGUCUUUGGUUUAUCAUCAGCCAGUUGGACCGGAGUUGGCAUACUCUCCUUUGGUCUAUAUUCAGAUGACCCGGUUUAAGUGCGGUGGAUUAGCAUUCGGCUUAAGCUGGGCCCAUAUCAUGGGAGAUCCAUUCUCGCUUUCUCACUUUUUCAACUUAUGGACUCGGGCCUUAGCUGGUGAAGAGAUCUACUCCCCUAAAACCUCUGAUUUAGAAAGAGGGUUUUUAAAUCCGAAUUCCACGGGCAAAGAACCGGAUUCCAUCAAACGGGUUGACCCGGUCGGAGACCUCUGGGUCGCUCCGAGUAACAACAAAAUGACAACAUACUCCUUCAAUGUAACGGUUCACGAGAUACAACCACACUUUCCGGCGAACGGAGAUAAACAGAUUCCUCCGUUCGAGAUUCUCAGUGGGAUCAUAUGGAAAUGCAUAGCAAAGGCGAGAAGAGAAUCGGAGCCGGUGACGAUUACGAUCAUCAGAUCGGAUCCGAAUGGACUGAAACCUAGAGCGGUGAGAAACAGUCAGAUGAUUAGCUCCGUUCGCGUCGGGUUUUCUGUCGCCGACGCGAAUUUGGAGGAGAUUGUGAAAUCCAUCGGAGAAGCGACCGACGAGAGGUCUGAGAUCGAUGCGAUUGGUGAGAGCGAUGAUGGUGUUUCGGAUUUGAUCGUUUACGGAGCGAAAUUGACGUUUGUGGAUCUGAGCGAAGUUGAUUUCUACGAGGCGAAAGUGAGGGAGGCGUCGCCGGAGUCGGUGUAUUGUAACGUUCAGGGGAUAGGAGACGGCGGAGCUGUGGUGGUUUUGCCGGCGGCUGAGGUGGAGGAAAGGGUUGUGACGGUGACGUUGCCGGACGAAGAGAUGGAGAAGGUUAAAUGGGAACUGAAGAAUUGUGGUUUGAUCACGGCGUUAGUUAACGGAGAAUAAAAUGUUAUUUUUAACUCCGUUAAACGUAUUCAAGUGUGUAAUGUUAGUUUGUCUAAAUCGUAAACAAGCAAAAACAAUAAUCGUAUGCUUUUUAAUGAUGUUUAUUCGAAUGCUUCAUGAAUAUAAUGAUGGAGAAGGUUAAUUCGGAGCUGAAGAAGUGUCGUCUGAUCACGGCGUUAGUUAACGGAGAAUGAGAUACUUUACUCCGUUAAACGUACCAGUGUUUCUUUACUUUAUCAAGUGUGUAAUGUUUGUUUGUGUGUUUGAAUCAGUA